CGCACCGCUGGAUCACGAGAGCCAGGGGAGGACGGGCGGGCCAAUGGAAGCUCGCCGCGCUCGCAGCGUAGCGCCACUCUAUAUAACUUCGAGGGUUGAGACCCAGAUUUACACAAACCGAGAGCGCGGGCCUCCUACCACCCCUCAUUUCGUUGCGUAAUAAUAAUAUUUGAGAGAAAAAGGCGAGAGAGCUGACGCUUGGAUUUCCCCUUUUUUUUAAAUUUUUUUUUAUUAUUUUUGGAGUCCUUUGAUCGAUCGGAAAUGGAUCCGACGAGGUUGUUCGUGAAAGAUGCGAAGCGCAUUAUCGUCAAAGUUGGUACGGCCGUUGUGACUAGGUCUGAUGGAAGAUUAGCCGUCGGAAGAAUAGGAGUUCUUUGCGAGCAGCUUAAAGAACUGAACAGUCAAGGGUUUGAGGUAAUCCUGGUCACUUCUGGUGCAGUUGGUGUUGGCCGUCAGAGGUUAAAGUACAGGAGAUUGGUCAACAGCAGCUUUGCCGAUUUACAGAAGCCACAACAAGAAUUGGAUGGAAAGGCUUGUGCAGCUGUUGGUCAAAGUGGCCUCAUGGCUUUGUAUGAUGCCUUAUUCAGUCAGCUGGACGUGGCAUCAUCUCAACUUGUCGUGACUGAUAGGGAUUUUAAAGACCCAGGCUUCAGGAUGCAGCUUAUUGAUACUGUCAAUUCCUUGUUGAAUCUCAGAGUCGUUCCUGUUUUUAAUGAAAAUGAUGCAAUCAGCACGCGGAGAGCUCCUUAUGAGGAUUCCUCUGGUAUCUUUUGGGACAAUGAUAGCUUAGCAGCCCUACUGGCUCUGGAGUUGAAGGCUGAUCUCCUCGUCUUGCUUAGUGAUGUUGAGGGCCUGUAUAGUGGCCCGCCCGGUGAACCUCAUUCAAGGAUCAUACAUACAUACAUUAAGGAAACACAUCAGAAGGAGAUUACUUUUGGGGACAAAUCGAGGGUGGGAAGAGGCGGCAUGACCACAAAAGUAAAGGCGGCAGUUCAUUCUUCUGAUAAAGGAACUCCUGUUGUGAUUACAAGUGGUUUUGCCACCGAUAACAUCAUCAAAGUACUUCGAGGAGAGAGGAUUGGAACAGUUUUCCAUCAAGAUGCGCAUCUGUGGGUAUAUCCACAGGAAGCUGGUGCGCGUGAUAUGGCAGUUUCAGCGAGGGAAAGUUCAAGACGACUUCAGAGCUUAUCUUCAGAGGAACGGAGGAAGAUCUUGCUGGAUAUUGCUGAUGCUUUAGAAGCUAACGAGGAGUUAAUUAAAACUGAAAAUAAGGCUGAUGUUGUUGCUGCCCAAAAGGCUGGGUAUGAACAGUCAUUGAUAUCCCGGUUGACUCUGAAGCCAGGAAAGAUAUCGAGCCUCUCAAAAUCCAUCCGUGUACUUGCAGACAUGGAGGAUCCCAUUGGGCAGGUUUUAAAGAGAACAGAGCUUGCUGAUGGACUAAUUUUGGACAAGACAUCGUGCCCAUUGGGAGUUCUACUGAUUGUUUUCGAGUCACGACCUGAUGCAUUAGUUCAGAUUGCAUCUUUAGCAGUUCGUAGUGGGAAUGGUCUUCUCCUGAAAGGUGGGAAAGAAGCCAUGAGAUCUAAUGCAGUAUUGCAUAAGAUUAUUACCAGAGCCAUCCCAGAUAGUGUUGGUCAAAAGCUUAUAGGACUUGUCACAUCAAGAGAUGAAAUUCCUGAUCUUCUUAAGCUUGAUGAUGUGAUUGAUCUUGUGAUUCCAAGAGGCAGCAACCAGCUUGUAUCUCAAAUUAAGGAGUCAACAAAGAUUCCUGUUCUAGGUCAUUCUGAUGGAAUUUGUCAUGUUUAUGUUGACAAAUCAGCUAACAUGGAUAAGGCAAAACACGUUGUCUUGGAUGCAAAGACAGAUUAUCCUGCAGCCUGCAAUGCAAUGGAAACACUUCUUGUACACAAAGAACUUGUGGAGACUUCAGGAUUUCGUGAUCUAAUAUCUCAACUCAAAGCUCAAGGUGUUACUCUGUAUGGUGGACGACAAGCAAAUGCUAAGUUAGACCUUCCUUUAGCACAUACCUUUGAUCAUGAGUACAACUCAAUGGCCUGCACAGUUGAAUUUGUUGAUGAUGUACAUGCUGCAAUCAACCAUAUAAAUCACCAUGGGAGUGCGCAUACUGACUGCAUAAUUACAGAAGAUCGUGGUGUUGCAGAGGUUUUCCUUCACCAAGUUGACAGUGCUGCUGUCUUUCACAAUGCAAGCACACGUUUUUGUGAUGGAGCUCGUUUUGGACUAGGCGCGGAGGUCGGCAUAAGUACAAGCAGAAUACAUGCUCGUGGUCCUGUUGGCGUUGAAGGACUCCUAACGACAAAAUGGAUUUUAAGAGGAAGUGGUCAGGUUGUGGAUGGUGAUAAAGGUGUCAAUUACACUCACAAAAAUCUUCCAUUGAAUCUUCCGAUGAAACCAACUACUUCGCAGGCGAAUGGCCACAUGAAGAGUUGAGCAUUUGCGGCCUGAGUUGAAGAGAGGAACAAUUUCUAAAGCCUUCACACCCGAUAAUUUCUUCAACUCACAUACGGAUUUCUCGAUUGUAAGUUGAAAUUAUUAUUAUUUUUUUGGACUGAAAAUAGAGAGGGUUAGUUUAGUUAUUAGCAGCUCAUGGCUAAAGUUCUAUGUAGCUGUUGCAUUCUCCGCGGAAGGGUGAUGCUAUAUAGUGUCAGAGUUUGUGACUAUAUUUGAAUUUCUAAUAUUUUGUUGUAUCUGUACGUCAUUUAAAUGAUAUUCUCAUACUAUGCAUCU